CAUAAUGGCGCUCGACCGGAAGCCGUAAGGCUGCCUGCACAAUUAAAGAUGGCGGAAGAAGGCAAUUCAUAUGAUGAUUGUGAGCAAAUAGAUUUUUUAAGAGACAGACAUGUGCGGUUUUUUCAGAGAUGUCUUCAGGUGCUCCCGGAGCGAUACGCUUCAUAUGAAACUAGCAGGUUGACAAUUGUAUUCUUUGCUCUGUCUGGACUUGAUGUUCUUGAUGCCUUGGAUGUUGUAGACAGACCCAGCUUGAUUGAGUGGAUCUACUCAUUGCAGGUUUUACCCACAGAAGAUCAGUCUAAUCUUUGGCGCUGUGGCUUCCGGGGAUCAUCACACAUUGGCGUUCCAUACAAUGCCUCCAAGGGCCCUGGAACUCCUCAUCCAUAUGACAGUGGCCAUGUGGCUAUGACCUACACUGGCCUGGCCUGUCUCAUUAUUCUGGGAGAUGACCUGAGUCACGUCAAUAAGGAGGCCUGUCUGGCAGGUUUGAAGGCCCUACAGCUGGAGGAUGGCAGUUUCUAUGCCGUGCCUGAGGGAAGUGAGAAUGACAUGAGGUUCGUGUACUGCGCUGCAUGUAUCUGCUAUAUGCUGGAUGACUGGUCGGGUAUGGACUGCACAAAAGCCAUCGAUUACAUCAGGAGGAGCAUGUCUUACGACAACGGCAUUGGUCAAGGAGCUGGCUUGGAGUCUCAUGGUGGCUCCACAUUCUGUGCCAUAGCCACGCUGUGUCUGAUGGGUAAAUUAGAGGAGAUGUUCAGCGAGCGAGAACUGAACCGAAUACGCAGGUGGUGCAUCCUCAGGCAACAGAAUGGUUUCCACGGACGCCCCAAUAAACCUGUGGAUACAUGUUACUCAUUCUGGGUGGGAGCGACACUGGAGCUCCUUGAUGUAUUUCAGUACACAGAUUUUGAGAAGAACCGAAACUACAUCAUGUCAACUCAAGACAGUUUGGUGGGUGGAUUUGCAAAAUGGCCAGACAGCCAUCCAGACCCUCUGCACACCUAUUUUGGCAUCUGCGGCCUGUCUUUGAUAGGCGAGCCCAGUCUGCUCAAGGUGCACCCGGCGCUGAACGUCAGCCACAGAGCCUUCGAGUGCAUGCAGCAGCUGCACCGGACAUGGAGGGCAAGCUGCACAUGACAGCAUGACGUACAUCCAUCCAGCCACAGCAGCCUCUGAAUCAUGUGCAAAGUUGCACCUCGUCCCUCUGAGCCCAGCUACAUUCACCUUAGCAGUAGAUAGAAACCAAGCUGACCAUGGACUGUCUCCCAUAAUAGAGCCAUGGAGGAGGCGAUGAAUAAAUAAUCGGGUCCAGCUUAAUCAAUUAUUGAACCUGAAACUGUCAGUCACUGCUUAACCCAUGCAGAACGUUGUUUGGGUCCUUCAUGCAUAAACAGGGCAUAUUGUUCCUCACCACCUUUCUUGGGAAUGAGCUGCAGUCAGGUGCUUUGUUAGAGGUUGGUUAGAUUCUUGAAACGUCCAAUUUUCUGUUAAUUCCGAUGCUUUUGUUUGCUUUUGAUACGUUUUACUUCAGUGUGUAAAACUCUUAAAAAUAACCUCCAUUUGACUAUCUGUUCAAGCAAAAUAUUGUUCAACUCUUCUUUGUUACAAUUGUGACAGUUGUCACAAUACAAUGUGAUCUCUAAUAACGUCACAUGUAUUUGAAAUGUACUUUCUUUUCCAAAGCAAGUUAUUGCAUUGCUUUAGUCAUGAACAGAGCACCUCUUCUCCUCAGUGAACGUGCCUCAGAGAAAUCAUUAAUUGAUGAACUCACCCUUCCUUCACCCCACCCCGUGUUCCUGCAAAUUGACUUCCUUUCUCAAAAAGACACUUGAAUGUGUUUCAGCAAAAUUGGAGAUUUUAUUUUUUCUAUAUAAAAUACCAAUGUUAGAAAUUAUUUAAAAAAACAAAACAAAGCCUUUCUAUAAUUCUGAAAUGCCAAUACUGUAAAUUACAAUUUCAGCGUGAAUAAUAAAUACUUGUCUUUCGUGUCAGAAGAACAUUUAUAACUGUGCCUGGAAGACAGUGCAUAUUUAAAUGAGUAAUAAAUAAAGAAUUGAUUUUCUGUUUUA